AUGUUUUUUGCCUGGACAGGACAUCGCGAAAUCAGCCUUACUACCAUGAGCGAAACAGGAGAAAUGGGAAACGACCUAAAACGGCAAAAAACGGAGCCUGCCGAUGGGCUAGGGUUCCAAAAGCCCCAAGUGCCGGAAGGCAUGUCCAAAAACGCCUGGAAAAAGCUCCAAAAACAAAAGAAAUGGGACGAAGAAAAAGCCGAGUACAGACUCAAACGAAAGGAAAAGAAAAAAGCCGCGAGAGCCAGAAAGGCCGAGCGCAAAUCCCAAGGUCUCUCGGACGAUGACAACUACCACCAGCAAGCAAAGAAGGCGAUUCCUGAAAAGCAGAAGCCUAGUGGAAUAAAGGUGAUUAUGGACUGCGAGUUUGAUGAGUUGAUGAGCGACAAAGAGAUUGUCUCCAUGAGCAACCAGAUCACACGAUGCUACUCAGCAAAACGGCAUUCUGACUACGACGUGGACUUGGUCGUUUCGAGUUUCAACAAGCGCUUGAAGCAGCGUUUCGAUAAGAGUGUACUGGACUACCCCCGAUGGAAGAAUAUCACGUUUGUGGAAAACGAUAAGCUUACAGACUUGUUGCCUACAGAUGCCGAGGAAUUGUCCAAAUGUGUCUAUUUGACUGCAGAUACAGACACAGAGUUGGAGGAACUAGAGCAAGGACACACCUACAUCAUUGGUGGAAUUGUGGACAAGAACAGGCACAAGAAAUUGUGUUUGAACAAAGCCAAAGAACUCGGUUUGAAGGUCGGGCGUUUGCCUAUUGGUAAGUACAUUCAGAUGAACGGGCGUCAGGUGCUUGCGACAUCACAUGUUUACGAGAUUAUGUGCAUGUGGUUUGAACAGGGCAACGACUGGCAAAAGGCCUUUAAUGCGGUCCUUCCUCCCCGGAAAAUCAAGGGUGAAGCAGAAGCCAAGGACGAGACAGAAACAAAAGACGGAGAGGAACCAAAAGACGAAGAGGAAACAGCAGAUGAUGGUAAGGAGAAUGGCAACGAACAUGAGUCUGAAGAUAAGGAGAAUCGUGACGAAGAGAAUAAUGUCGACGGAGAAUAG